AUGUCUCCUAACAGCGACAAUGCCAUGGCCCGCUUCUUGUUCGCCAUCCUAAAGCAAAAGAACCUCAGAGACAUUGAUUGGAGCCAAGUUGCCGCCGAUCCCGUCCUGAUAGAGCCCAUCGCCAAUGGCCACGCUGCCAGAAUGCGCUUCUCCCGCUUUCGAUCCACAAUCACAGGCCACAAACCGACAAAGAGAGGCAGGCCAUCAGACAAGACCCGAAUCUCCAAGUCGAAGAAGGAGACACAGUCCAAGAAGGAAACGCCCAUCAAGCCAGAACCCGGCUCGUCAAGCAUCUCUUCGUAUCCUCUGUUUUCUCCAGAGUCUCUAGCAUCACUGACAUCUCCCUAUAUGGACGAUGCAUCCCCCUACCUCCAAGACGGCGAUGAUUUCAGCGGCCGCUUUCUCACGCCGUGUAGCGAUGACAUGGCUCAAGGACUGUCCAUCUCUCCUUCUGUCCUCCAAGACCUUCACCCUACGAAUGGUCUGAUGUUUCCUCCCCUGGACGGCAACUCCGAUUUCAUGAACCAUGCCGGUCAUGAUCACUCUUUCGAUGUUGCCUUUGACUUGAACCGAUUUGCCACAGAUGUCAACAGCCAGGGUGUAUCCCAAUCUAGUGGUUCCCAGCCUCUCGGUGACUGGGAUGACCGACACUUUUAA